AAGUUCCGCUCCGUCGUGAACUGGGACAGCAAGCGCACCUCUUACAGUGUAUGUGUGGCAACAACAUGUCUGUGCCGCUGCUCGCCGAGGCCGUGACGGUGUCCGGGAUGGAGAAGGAGACCGCGGCGGUGAUCUUCCUUCAUGGUUUGGGAGACUCAGGACAUGGGUGGGCAGACACUUUGACGGCGAUCCAGCUGCCUCACGUCAAGUUUAUCUGCCCCCACGCGCCUCCGAUCCCCGUCACUCUCAACAUGAAGUCCAUGAUGCCUGCGUGGUUCGACCUCAUGGGUCUCAGCCCCAACUCCCCAGAGGACGAAUCUGGAAUCAAGAAGGCAGCAGAAAACAUCACGGCCAUAAUCGAACACGAGGCCAAAAACGGGAUCCCCCCAAACCGCAUAAUGCUCGGUGGCUUCUCUCAGGGUGGAGCCUUGUCCUUGUACACCGCCUUGACCUGCCAGCACCAGUUGGCCGGCGUCGUGGCCCUCAGCUGCUGGCUUCCACUUCACAGGAAUUUCCCAUCGGCGUCGAGCGGCAACAAGAACCUCCCCAUCCUGCAGUGCCACGGUGACAUGGACAUCAUGAUCCCGGUGCAGUUUGGUGCCAUGACGGCAGAAAAACUCAAAAACAUAGUCAACCCUCAGAUGAUCACCUUCAAAACCUACCCAGGGCUCUCUCACUCCUCCUGUCCCCAGGAGAUGGCGGCUGUAAAGGAAUUUAUCGAGCAGCAUUUGCCCCGGAUCUGACCUCACCUCAUCCCCACUGUGACCCCCUGAGACACUGACCUCUCACCCCUGAUCUGCCAUUCUCCCACAGGAAACAGCCAUGAGCAGCACCCCCUCUUCCACAGACAUCCACAGACAACCAACACGCACAUGUUCACAUUUAAUCCCAACGAUUUGACCCACACUGCUGAACAAAACCUCCUCAUGCGGCCCGAUCUGACAGUCCCGACUCCAGACCGAUCAAACACACUGAUUUGACAACAUUACCAAGUGCUUGCUCUCACAAGUCUUAGCCUUCGGAGGGAGAAACACUGAUUCACACAAUACAUUCCCUUUGGUUUUAUUUAAACGACCUGUCUGUUGCCUCCAGUUUUUUUUUUUUUUUUUUUAAACUUUUACCUCAUUCUGUUUCCUUUUUUUAUCCAUCGCUUCAUGGCCAUGACUUUCCCUCUCUCAUUGCUGUGUCAAUUUGUACAACAUUAAUAGAGAACCAACUUUCAAACCGAGUCAGAUGAGCAGGUUAACACCCGCCUGCUGCCGUCUGUGAUCACGCUAACUGGUAAAAGCUCAGUCAGACCGGAUUUUGCUUCCUGUUAAUUUCCAGUUAUUCUGAUUUAAACUCAUGAGGUCCAGUGAGUUUUGGAGAAAAGAUGUCAUCGGCCUCUCGUUGAGUCUUUCUUCAUAGCUGCAGCAGAGAAAGUUAGCGCAUGGACGGUGAUGUUAAAGUGGCAGCAGACAACUUUUAGCUGUCCUCAGCAUUUCCAGGCGGCACAAAAGACUGAAGUGAUCUCUGUUUUCCAUUGCAAUAGUAAACACAGAGGAAAACACCUGGUUGUAUUUAUAAUUAGGUAUUUCUAAUGACCGAGAUCGAAUGGUUUUAGGUUACCUUAAAAAAACCCCACAGUUAACCCUCCACGCUAGCCUUGUUAGCCUAAAUCAAUCAUAAAUAUACAAAAAUCUGCAUGUUAACUCUGGAUUGGCAUAAAAAAGCCACAGUUAGCCCUCCACUCUAGCCUUGUUUGUCUAAAUCAAUCAUGAACAUACAAAAAUGCUAGAAUUUUCUGUAUAUUAAAUAGGUUUAACCGGGUUAUUUUAUAAUGAAAUGAUCACGGAUCAGCCUGAAUGUGCGCAUGUUGACGUGAUUUUUGAAAAUAGGCAAACAAGAUGAGUUAGCUUUUGUAUUUAGAUGACUUGCCAUGUUGUCAGAAAAUGCAACCACAGUGUCAAUUUAUUUGGAGCUGACUCGGAGUAAUCAUUGAGUAAAUGAUAAAUAAAUUAGUUGUGAAGACAUGGAUGUGGUCGCCUGUUCCGAAAAUAUUAAGAAUUUGUUGAGAUGAGAGCAUUUCAGUGGGCCAGAAGACUUGGAGACUACAGCUGUAGUAGAAAUCUAUGCAUUUUGCUCUUAUUUCUAAGAAUUUGCUAUAGAAAAAUGUCUUUUAUGCUUCAGUAAAUGAAACUCAAAUUACCAAAACUGGUUAAAAAAAAUCUGAAAAUCGAUUGGUAUUGGUAGUUGUCAACAUUUUGGUGCUGGUGAUUUUCCUUUGGUGCUGGCUAAAGCCUCUUUGGGAGGCACCAAAAAUUCCUCUAUGCACAGAAAACCUACAAUCUAAAUCUAAAUGGUGUCAUUAUUCUAUAGUCAGGACAUUUUAAAGUCAACAUGCGCUUCAUAAUAAUAAGAGAAGAAAAAAGUUGUCUGUUGCCACUUUAGGCAGCGAAAUGUUUGAUAAAAAUGCAAUAAAAUCUGGAUGUUUGUGGACAUACCAGCUUCCACAGUCUGUUCGGUCUGACUGCAGCUUCAGUGUUUGAGCUCCACAGAUUGUGACUCAGGUGUAGUAAGAACAGCUGCUUCCACUCAUUUAUCCAUCUCCCCAUGACGGCAAACUCCUUUUACUGAAACAUCCACGCUUCUUCUUUUUAUAACAAGUGUGAUAAAGUAUCUUGAAUUCUAUGAACAACAUCCGACUGAAAAUAAAAGAAAACUAAUCAAUCGAUGCUUUUGCCGCCCUGUGCUGUUUCUUUCACCACACCUGCAUGUCAGUGACGUCUCUCUGCUUUAUGUGACUCUGUAUGCGAAAGUACCUCAGUUUAUUUCUUUUAGUUUUUUUUUUUUUUUUUUUUUUUUUUUUUUAGUGAUAAGAUUGUAGGCUGCAUGAAAUCCAGAUGGUUGCAGACCCGCACAGACUGCACACCACGAGUCGAUUCACUGUACCUUCCACCCUUUUCCAGUGUUGCCGUUUCCUCUGGAUCUCAGUGGUCCUGUUUGCUUUAAACUCUGGAAUAAACCUGCUUCCUCCACAUCUUCUUCCACACCAAAGCAGUCCCGAGUUUAAAGCUGUCACAAAUCUAUUAACUUCUCAUCUCCCUCCUUUGGCUACCUGCUGUAACCCACUAAUACACCAUCAAAGGUCAGAUUUAAAGUUAAUCCCAACACUAUUAUAGUUCACUUCUUUAAAAAAAAAAAAAAGUAUACGGCGGUACGAAGGGAGAGCUUUGGCAAGAAGCUGUUCCAACGUGACUGAAGGGUGAUCCAAAUUUUCAAAAUAAAGUUAAUCUUGAACAACUUGUGAUCCUUGGACAUAGGAGUGUAACUCUGAGGAGUCGUGUGUGCUUCAACAUAUAUAUAUAUAUCAGGUGUUCUACAUUUUCUUUUGUGAAUUUUAAUUUUGCUCUCCUCAUGACUUCCUGUUCUCUGGUUUUAAAACAAAAAAAGGAGGAAAGACGUCUGUUUUGAUUGUUGUUCACAAAUCAAUGAAUGUUUCUCUGAUCUCCUCGAACCCUUUUACUCUGAAUCUGACGCAGCCCUGCCUUUAUUUACUUCAGUUUCCUCCCUUUGACACCUUUGGGGUUUUUUUUAAUUAUAAUUCCAGCAUCUCUCCCUGGUCUCGUGCAUUUAUGCUGUGACUGAUUAAACUUUUUACAUGUUUUUUUUUGUUGACGUUUUGUAGUGUUUUGUCACUGUUGUCAUCUCGUCCUCUUUUUUGUGUGUCUGUUUAUAAUGAUGACCAUUAAGAAAACGUGUUGAGGUGACACUGGUGGUCUCUCCACUUGUUUUGUUUCCAAAACACCUGUAUGCGGAAUAAAUGACAAAAAAAAAAAUAAAAAUCUGUCUGAGUUGA